AAUAAACUAUUAUUGCUUAUUGUUUGUUUUUAUAAAGCUUUUCUUUGCAUAAUAUUUUCGUUUGACAUUAGUGCACCAAACGUUUUCUGCUUGCUGUUUUGACACACCUAAAGAAAUGGUAAAUUUACUUAAUUGCUAAGGUAAUUAAAGACAUAAAGACAGAAAUAUCUAUUUAUAUUUAGCUGCUGAUAACAUGUUACGAGAUAGAAUUCAAAUGAUUUAACCAGCAUCAUGUAUAUAAUAAUAAAACACAUUUUUUUAAUUUGAACUACAUGUUUCAACAAUUCUUAUUGUCGUCCUAAGGUUACAAGGUUUUAAAGUUUUGAUAAAUAUAUACUAAAAUUAUUUACAAGUCUUAAAAUUAUGCUUACAAAUAUCAAAGAAAAAUAGUGUUGAUUACACUGCUCAAGAGCGUUAUACAAAAAAGACACAAGGAAAAUUAUUAAAUAAAAAAAGAAUUUAAUUCGUAGAGAUCUUUUAUUAUCUCAUGCUUUUUUAUUAAUUUUUAACUGAGACUGAAAUAUUGUAAUUAAAAAAGAUUUAUCUUUCCGGUUUUCUUGCUGUUUUCCUCAACCCAACUUUACAAAAAAAGUAGGGAGCAAAUUGAGAAUGUGUUAGAUAGCAAUUCUUUUGUAUAGCUUGGUAGGUGAUUAUGAGGCAAUGCUUUGGUGUGAUAAUUGCUUGCAUUGCCUUGUGAGUUAAAUGUUGCCAUUACAACUUUUAAUACUAUAACUUUGUGAAAACAGAUAAAAAAUUGUAAAUUGUCAUUUACAAGUGCUUACUUAAAAUAAAGUAUAUCUCAAAGUAAAAAAUUUCAUUGUCGCUCAAUAUCAGACCCAUUAUACAUUAUACGUUGCGCUGCAAACACUGAAACAUUUUUGCAUCAAACUCUUCUAACAGUUUUAUUCCUUUUAGGAUCAAAACUGCAGAUAUUUUAAAAAUGGUAUUAAUACAUUAAAAAGUGUUGAAAAAUUCUGUAUUAAACGUAUGUUUAGAUGAUAAAAGUUACUAAAAAAUGCUAUGGGUAUGCUAUUCGAUUUCAGAGAAAAUUUCUGACUGGUCGUUGUUUUUCAACACAUUCCAAUUACCUACCAGCCUGUUUGUUUGAUCAUUUAAAACAGCGAAUAAAGGUUACAGGUCCUAUUACUGUCUCAAGUUACAUGAAAGAAGCUCUGACUAAUCCAGUAUGGGGUUAUUAUAUGAAAAAUGAUGUCUUUGGAGCUAGUGGGGAUUUUAUAACAUCUCCUGAAAUAAGCCAGAUGUUUGGAGAGCUUAUUGCUAUUUGGUUCGUAAUGCAGUGGUCUCAAAUGGGAAAACCAUCUCCAGUGCAAUUGGUUGAAUUAGGUCCAGGAAGGGGAACAUUGAUGGCAGAUAUACUGAGAGUUUGCAAACAGUUUGUAAAUAUUGGGCAGGACUUUGCUGUGCAUUUUGUUGAAGUUAGUCAGAAAAUGAUUGAACUACAAAAAAACAACCUAAAUGUUGAACAUAUCACUCAGGAAUAUGCAUUAACAGAUAGUGGUGUUAAAGUACAUUGGCACAACCAUAUACAGGAUGUUCCAAGUGGUUUUUCAUUUUACAUUGCACAUGAAUUCUUUGAUGCUCUACCUGUACAUCUGUUUCGAAAAAUAAACAUCGAAUGGAGAGAAAUCUUAAUCAAUCUGUCACGUGAUGAGGAAUCUCUGGAAUUUGUUACUGCACCAGGAGCAAGUCCUGUUGCACGGUCAUUCGUUGAUCCUAGUUCAACUGCGACAGAGUGCGAGGUGUGUCCGGACAGUGCUAUUGUGAUGUCAUAUAUAACUGAAAAUAUUGCAAAAUUUGGUGGCUGUGGGUUAGUUAUAGAUUAUGGUGAAGAAAUGAGUAACCGACUUUCCCUACGAGCCUUUAAGGAUCACAAAUUAUUAGAAAAUGCUCUGCAAUAUCCUGGAGAGGCAGAUUUGACAGCAAAUGUUGAUUUUGGUUUUUUGAAAAGACAUUCAAAUGAAGCAGUGAAGUGUUUUGGUCCUGUUACUCAACAAGAAUUUUUGUAUAAGAUGGGGAUUCGAGAGCGUUUACAGGCAUUGAUGCGAAAUGCUUCAAAAAUACAGAGGGAAAAUUUGAUGUCAUCCUAUGAAUACUUAACAUCAUCAGACAAGAUGGGGGAGAAAUUUAAACUGCUUGCAAUGGUUGAUAAUGGUCAGUCUGUUCCACCAGGUUUUGAAAAAUGAGUUUUGAGGUAGCUGUGUGAAUAAAAUGGUAAUUGGAUGAAUAUAGCAUGAUGAAUUGAGAGAGAUGUAGGUGAACAUAAAAAAGGUGAUAUUGGUAUUUUUGUGCAUAUUACGUGCAAAGUGAGCAACACAUUUCAGCCAUAAUAUAGAAAUUUGUGGUUUUUAGCAUACUUUCUUAUACAAAUUUAUUUUUUGUACUAAAAAGUUUUAAAUGAUGCUUCAACUGCAUAUUGCGUUAUCUUGGGCACUUAACUCGUGAAAAUAAAUUCUCACAAAAGUUUUAAAUAUACAAGUCAUGAAAAUUUAUUAUUUUAUACUACAUAGGUGCUUAGAAAUUGAAGUUUUUAUGAGGGGACUCAUCUAACUCUUUCAGAAAAAAGUUGGUAGGGCCCUCCUAUUAAAUUUGUGGAAAUUUCAGAACCGAUUUAGUGUGGUGUAAGGUGCGUUUAGAACGUAAGAUGCCCGAGUAGCAUUUUUUCUAUCUCUUACUUUCUGUCUCGAGUUUGUAAUUGGAAAAAAUUUUCUCUAGCAAUUAAAUCAUCUUUUCUUGUAUCAAUUUAUCGUUAGUUAUGGUUUAGAGGUGUGUUCCGGACGUGAUAAUUCCGGACCUGACACAGAGUCUCGCAAAAAUUGAACUUUACACGAAUGAAUUAUUUUGGUUUAUUUGCCUUCUGCAUGCAAGAAAUGAUUGACAAAUAUUAACAAAAUAUUCAUUAAUACUGAUAAACGUUCCAGCUAAUUCAUCAAUUUUCUUCGGCUAAUUUGUGAUGGGCGUGACAGAUUUUGGACAGUCAUAAUAACCAACUACCAAGUACGUCAGAAUCAGAACAAAACAAAAAUGAGGGUUUUUUUCAAACAAUUACUGAGUAGAGUAGCUAUAUAUCAUAAGUUUAUUUGGGUCCAGGACCUUUACAUCAAAGAAUUGUUUUUUUAUGACAAUACUGUUUUAUUUUGACAAAUUAUUUUUUUCAAAAUAACAUGUUCUCUUCUAUUAAAUGUCGUUUCUACUUUUUUUAGUCUUCCGAAUUUCCUAAAUGAGCAACGCAUUACCUACCCUCUCAUCUGUCACAACUGCAAACAUUUAGAUAACAACCAUGUCAAUCUUAACAUAAUCUCCUUGUUUACUUUCCUGCUCAAUGUGCAUUAUACUUCCUCUUCCAAGACUUUCUAAGUUAGCUGAAUAACCAUUAACAGUAAGAUUCGACACCAAUUUCAACAACAUUACAGAAAAUGUUUUUGGGUUGGGCUUUGCAUGCUUUUUAUAGCGAUUUUUUAAGAAAUAGGUAUCAGCACGUAUAUCGUCAAAGAGGCCAAGGAUGAUGACUAAGUCUGGGAAUUUCUCUUUGGCUAAGUCAAUAAAUUCUUCUGCAUUUUUAACAACAUAUUCUGUUCAUUGCUACCUACGCCAUCAUUUUUCCUUUUACCAUGUUGUUUUUUGUGUAGGAGGAUGUUGGUGAAAUGAAACUGGUUUUGAACUGAUAAGGACCUUUAGACCAACAGUAGACCUUUUUUCCAUAAAAAUACCCCUAUGUUUGACACCGUUAAUUAUAAAGUUGUUGUAGAACCAAAUGCUGUCCUUUUCAUGGGCGCACUGUGUAAUGUCAUCAUCAUUAAUUGCGAUCAAGAUGAGUGGAAUUGUAUGUGUGGUGCAAAUUGUCAGUGUCAUUCAGGAGCAAUCUUUUUUUGUUUCUUACUUGCAUCUUAUAAUACUGCUUGAAUGCAUACCAGGUUAGAACAAAUAAUAAAUAAAAUAAAUAAACAAUUAAAAAAUAUAUACAUUUAUUGGUAACGUACAAUAUAGUACGUUAACAGUGUUCUUGGACUGGUUGUCCAAUUUAUAUACAUGACCUGUAAAGUAAUAAAAAAUAACUAACAUUAUUUAGUCAGCCCUUUUCAAGAUUCUAAAUAGUAUUGCUUAAUUAUUAAUACAGAUUAUACAGAUAAGUGAACAGUAAAAAUUCUUUUUUUGACCUAGCUUUUACAAAACUGGGACAACAUCUGUAAAUUUUUAUCAAAUUAGCAUAGACAAAUUAGGAGCUAGAUUGUUGUUGUUUUUUGAGGCAACGAAGCUAACCAUUUGAGCUAUUUAUUUUCUAAUGAUAAAACAUUGGCACUUCGUUAAAGUCGUCAUUAUGGUCACUGAUGUUCUUUUGGUGACGUUCUCUAUGACAUUACCGCAGGCAAAAAGAGGUCCCAUGAUAUGCGCCAAUUUUUCCUGAACUUUUUUUAGUAUUCUGCUAAUUUUAUGUUGUUCUUCUAAUAACUGUUUUUAGGAUUGCCUGCAGAAAGACUUUAGAUCAUAGGGUGAUCGUCCGUGAGUAUCCGUUUUCGUUUGGGGUCUGUAAAUGAUCUGUUCACAAUUUCAGCCAUUUUUGCACCAGUAAGGGGGCCAAAGUAUUGGUUGCACAGCACAACUUCGUUGUUGUGAAAAAUUCCCACCAUAAAAUUUCCAUUAACUGCACGUUUUCUUUAUUCCUUAGCAGCACAGUGAAGGCUAAGGCCUUCUAUCUUUUUACGCAAUUCAUGUGCUUUCGGAUCCAAAAUUCUAUUCUUAAGUUUCAGCGUUUAACUUUUCUGCUAAAAUACACUCUCUUCUUGAGAUCUCUCGCCAUAAGUAACCUUUUCUUCCGCCACUGCAAGUUGGAGUACCCAGCUUUAUGGAGAACACUUUACUUUGUUCGCACUGAACAUGCUUUCUUCAUCCCACUCUCCAGUCGUGGAGCCGUGAACGUCCGGUCACCAAUCAGAGUUUUCGCAAUACAUCUUGUGCCAUGUUGAUACACCGUCGACUUGCUGUACUGUGGGGGCAUGCUAAACCGUUACUUUCUCGUUUUCGCUCUGCCAUUUUUGUUUUUUACAUGUUUUGCUUGUUUACUAGGUGAAAAAAUAUCACUUUCUACACUUAAAACUUAACAUAGCAUCCACAACACAAAGGAGAGACUUGUCGAAAACUGAAUAAACGAGACAUACAUAUUUGUAUAUAUAUUACGUUCUGUAUAAAUCUUGUUAGUUUAGAAAACAAAAUUUGAGAUUCUAGUCGUCGUUAAUAACAAGUCUACACACCAGAAAUUAAUAUGAUACAAAUCUCUUUUUACGCAACAAGUCCUGUCAUAUUUCUGUCAAAGAGAAAAGUCCUGGAAACAAGGUUAUGUUUUUUUUGAUACGCGAAAUUUUCUGCCCGCGAAAAUAUAUCACUAUUUUCUUUAGGUACAUUAUAGAUCGCCCCUUUUGGGUUUGAACUUUUUUGAACAAUAACCUUUGUGCAAUCAAAACUCGUUCAAGUUUUCUUAAUAGUGGAUACCCAGAGGAAAA